AUGAAGAUUUUCAAAUUUUUUGCAAUCGUUAUCGCAACUUCUGCAGUUGCAGCGCAACCAGUUUUCGUCUCCAAGAGAGAAGUCACCGUAGGAGAAACAAAAGAGUUGCCUCUGUCGACCGACAAUGACCUCCAUCUGAGCUACGGUAAGCCCUAUGCUAUUUUCCAGCCAAAGGUGUUUAUCGUUUCUAUGUUUGAGUUGGAAAGAGAUCCUUGGCUAGAAGCGUUGGACUUUGUUCACAACAUUUCGCUUCCGGGCUUGUCGCCCAUAUACUCUACUAUCUACUGUACUACUAACUACAGUAUCUGUCAGGCUACUGCUGGAGAAGGCGAGAUCAAUGCCGCUUCGUCGUUGACUGCUUUGACUUUGAGUCCCUUGUUUGAUCUCACCAAGACCUAUUGGUUGUUGGCGGGUAUUUCUGGCGGAGAACCUACUCAGGUUACUACAGGAUCAGCUACAUUUGCGAAAUACGCCAUUCAGGUCGGGUUGCAAUAUCAAAUAGACUACCGUGAGUAUAUAAACACGAAUCCAGAUUGGAUUAGCGGCUACAUUCCUUACGGAACCGAUAACCCGUAUACUUAUCCAGGCAAUGUCUACGGAACUGAAGUUUUCGAGCUUAACGAAAAGUUGAGAAAUAGAGCACUUGAGUUAGCCUCUAACGUCCAAUUGGAUAACGGAACUGAAAAAAAUGCCGAGUUUAGAGCUCUCUACGAAGUUGAACCCGCAAUUAGCCCCCCUACAGUGGUAGGCUGUGAUGUCUUGACCUCGGACAACUACUUCACAGGAAAUGUCUUAAACGACUACUUUGCAAACCUCACGAAGCUUAUGACUAACGGUAGCGCUACCUAUUGUUCUACAGCACAAGAGGACAAUGCUUCGCUAGAAGUUUUCACAAGAAUGCAGAAAUACGGCUUAGUCGACUACGAGAGAAUUGUAGUAUUGAGAACUAUCUCCAACUUUUCCAGGCCGCCGCCUUCUAUGGCCAAUAAUACAGUGAAAUUUUUCACCGAUACCGACAAAGGCGGAAUUGGUCAUUCUCUUGCAAACUUGGUCAACGCUGGUUUUCCAUUUAUUCACGAUGUUCUCACCAACUGGGAAAACGUAUACGAGAGUGGAGAAACCUACGAGGCUGACAACUACGUAGGCGACAUCUUCGGGAGUGUAGGUGGAAAGCCAGACUUUGGUAAAGAUAGUUUCGAAAUAGCUUAG